CACAGAUCAAGGCAAUUCUUGCCAGACUGCAAAAAUAUGGAAUCACUACCUUCACAGAGGCAAACGUCAACUAUGCUUUGCAGGCUACAAGCUCGGCAGGCAAUGGAGACGAGGCCAUGCGACUACUGCUCCUGUUCGAAGACACAUACGAGGGCCUUGUCAAGUCAUACGACCCUUCGACCAAGUUACUUGGUGCCGAGAACCGCAACGGCGUGACCUGCUACCUCGAUGCUCUCCUCUUUGCCAUGUUCGCACGCCUCGACAGUUUCGAGGCCAUGCUGUACAAUUCUUUCGACGAUCUACCCCGCAAGAAGCUGGCUGGACUGCUACGCCUGUGGGUAAACAUGUUGCGCUCUGGCAGACUCAUCACUAGGGACAUUACAAGGCACCUUCAAGACUCAUUGGCCGAGUGCGGCUGGGAUUCGGCAGCCGAGCUGUGCCAACAGGACACCUCCGAGGCUUUCACCUUCAUCACUGGCCAGCUCGAGCUUCCGUUACUCACUCUCAAGAUGGAUCUGUUCCAUACAGGCAAAGAAGAUCCAGCCGAUGAUCAUAAAUUCGUCAACGAACGCCUGCUGGAGGUUGCUGUCGUCACAGAGCCGCCCGAAGGUAGCACUGUCGUCACUCUUGAGGAUUGCCUGGAGAACUAUUUCAACAACCGAAUCGAGGUCAAACGCCAUCUAGAUAGACGCAAUACCCUCCAGUCCGUCAGAUCCAACGAGAGACUGCGGCGAACCAAUUCGUGCGAAAAAGGUGGCUCCAUGCACGUUGAGACGCUUGAAUACUUCGACCAGGCUGUCCCACCCAAGCCAGAUCUCAGCAUGCCCGUCAAGUCGCCGUCUGCCACGCCCAGCACGCCGAUCAAAUCUCCACUUGACAAGAUCAGACCUGGCAUGAAUCGUACGCGUGCUGACAGUAUCUUCAGUCAGCGCAGAGUGGCAGAGGCUAAAUUAGAAGGGAAGAAAGGUUCAGAUGAUGCAACAAAUACCCCUGGACCUGGAAGAUCGCGUAAGAAUUCGAUCCGCACAGAAGUUUUGAUGCCCGCUUGGCAGUUCUUCAAACUCCUUCCUUGGUACACCGAAAACAUCGUCCCUACCAGCGAUGCCCAGGUUGCGGCUCAUUUUUCGCGAAAGCGCCCGGUACUUGGCAUCGCACUCAAACGAUAUCAAUACUCCAACACCGGCGUCGCAAGUCGCCUGGACACUUUCAUUGACAUCCCGCUCGAGAUUGCUGUGCCCAAUUUUGUCUCUGAUGAUGAGAUGGAAGACCACAGUCCGCUUGUCGGUAACUUCAAGCUUGUGCUUCAGUCAGUCGUUUGCCAUCGCGGUGUAUCGGUCAACUCGGGCCACUACGUUUCUUUAGUCCGGGGCCGGGCUGCUAAUGCUCAAAGUGUUGAUGGACGAUCCGAUCGUCCUGAUACUGCCGAAAGCGUUGAAGAAGAAGACCCUUGGAUGUUGUUUGAUGAUCUCGCUAGAGAACGCGUCACCUACGUUGACAUCAACCAAAAGCUGAAGGAGGAAUGCCCUUACCUCUUGUUCUACCAGGUCCAACCCAUUGAUGAGGAACUUGUACCCGAUGCACCUCCAUCCUACGAUGAGGCCAUGUCGCGCCAUCCUUCUGACUCGCUUGAGUACUCGCCGGAGAAGUUCAAGAAAAUCGGGAGUGAUGAGACCGAUAUGGUCCUGAUCGAAUCUUCCUCGCCAACAUCACCCAACGGGCUUUCAAGUACUGAUACAACUGACUGGACGGCCUCUAACAGGACCAGUUUGGACAUACGUGGUAGAACCAGUCUAGAUGCACGUCGUGGUAGCGUUGCGGACGAUGGUAGUACUGCUGGAAGUCAGGCCACUACUUCUAUACCCUCAACGCCCAUAGACGAAUCCCGAGGUAGCUUCCUGGGUAUACCGUCUAGGAGAGGCAGCAAGGUCAGCACCAAGAAAACAAAGUCACGACCCGGCUCUACGGAUGGCGGAUCACGCUUCAGUCUGAACAUGAUUCAGCAGCCGAACAAGAUGAGGACGUGGAGAACGUCAAAGAAAUCGAAGGUCAGCCAACAGUCAGUGGAAGCGAGGCGUCUGUCGAAAGUCUGAAGAAUCUUGAUGUCAAGAUGGCGGAGAAGGCGGAGAAAGAGCGCGUUGGAAGGAGCAAGGUCAGGAAGGAACGAGGUGACAAGAAUCAUGAAGGACAU